AUUCGUAUCCUAACCCAAAAAAGGUGAGGAUUUUAUUAAAGAGGGGUAGUGUGGUGCAGUGAUGUAGUACCAUUUUGAAAUUGUGUUGUUAAAUCCACCUGUCCCAUACGACAUAAUAGCCCAUUUAAGUUGUUGAGGCGGAAGCAGUUGGAAGUUAAAACUCUUUUGACAAACUUUGCAUUUUUUCCCCUUAUAAAUCAAAACUCUCCCACUCAUUUCCAUAUCCUUUAACUUUUUUUUACUAUAGUUUGGUUCGAGCUUUUGUGGUUUAAUUUGUUUGCUUCAAUGGAGUCUCGUUUUUCACUCCUACUUCUCCUACUGAUCUCCCUUGGGAUUGUUUGUAGUUAUGCUGCCGAUGAUGAUAUUGAUAUCUCGCCUGAACAGUAUUGGGAAUCUGCCUUGCCAAACACUCCUAUGCCCAAAGUUAUUACACAUCUCCUCGGUUUGGACUUUCUAGAAGGGAAAAGCACUUCAGUGAAUGUUGGUAAAGGGGGCGUAAACGUCAACACCGGAAAAGGCAAGCCUAAAGGCACCUCCGUUAACGUCGGGAAAGGCGGAGUGAACGUCAACACUCCAAAACCAAAGCAAGGAGGCACUUCCGUUAACGUCGGAAAAGGCGGAGUAAACGUCAACACUCCAAAACCAAAGCAAGGAGGCACUUCCGUUAACGUCGGUAAAGGAGGCGUUAACGUCCACACCGGUCGUAAAGGUAAACCGGUUUAUGUUGGAGUUAAACCGGGCUACAGUCCUUUUAAUUACGUAUACGCAGCCACAGAAACCCAAGUCCAUGAUGACCCAAAUACAGCCCUUUUCUUUCUUGAAAAAGAUCUCAACCCUAAUUCUAAAUUCACCCUUCAUUUCCCUAAACAAACAACAACCACCACCACUAAGUUCUUGCCACGUCGGGUUGCCAAAUCACUCCCUUUCUCUUCCCAAAAACUGCCCCAAAUCCUCACCCACUUCUCCAUUCCUCCCGCGAGUCUCGAGGCCGAGUCGAUUCGAAACACGAUUGACCAAUGCGAAGCACCUGGUAUUGUCGGUGAAGAUAAGUUCUGCGCUACGUCAUUAGAAUCCAUGGUGGAUUUUAGUACUUCUAAGUUGGGAAAGAAAGUGACGUUGGUCUCGACAGAAAUCGAGAAAGAUACAGAUUUACAAGCGUUUACUGUUGUAAAUUUGACGAAGAAAUCAUCAGGAGUGACAGACUCUGCGGUUGUGUGUCAUAAGUUGAGUUAUCCAUAUGCAGUGUUCUAUUGUCAUUACACACAACAUACGCGUGUUUACAAGGUUAGUUUGUUGGGUGUUGAUGGAACUAAAGCUGAUGUGGCAGCCGCAUGUCACACCGACACGUCGGCUUGGAAUCCAAAGCAUUUGGCUUUUCAGGUGUUGAAGGUGAAGCCAGGGACAGUUCCGGUUUGCCAUUUCCUUCCACAAGACCAUGUUGUAUGGGUUUCAAAAUACUAGAAAUUUGAAAACUUACUUGUGUGCUUGUGAUUGGUCCACAUGGCACGUGUAGGUUUGAAUAAACAUGAAAUAGUUUUCCUUGUAAUAUUAUAUCAAUAGGUCAUGUAAUACACUUUUUUAUCCGAGGGACUUCAAUGUAACUUUAAUAUAUGUUAUUAGUUAUGAUGGUAGUGAAUUGUGAAAUGCUGCUCUUGAGUGACAUGUGUGUAAUUUGCUACUUUAGUUUAAUAACAAAGGCCAUAUCCUCUCUCUUGCUCUUA